AUGACGAAUCUCCUAGCGAAGACAACGGAACCGGGAGUGCUGCAGUUCGGUCUCAGCAUGUUGAACUUCAUCGGUUUGCAUGGGGCCAGCCGGGCGAAAAUGUGUCGCUACCUUUUCGGCGUCAGUUGGAUAUCGGCCAACGUGAUUCUGCCGAAAGCCAUCCUCGGAUCGGGCAAGGAGGAAUUCGAUUCGGUGGCGCGGAGCGUAGCGGAGAUGAUUUUCUUCUGCGAUGCGUGCAUUGCGAUUGCCAUCUUCGUAAACCGGCGGACGUCUUUCGAGCAGAUGCGUUUGCUCCUGGAGGCGAUCUUCGAGCGGUACAAAUCAGCGGAGUGCCUCGAGGAGAUCCGGCGGUACAAACGACGGAUGGACUAUUUCGCGAAAGGAUACGUGGCUUAUAUCGUUUUCUUGCUGGUGCCUUUUCUGAUCGCGCCGAUCCUUUGGACGUUGUGUCUAGCGGUCUUCUUUGCGGAAGAGAAUAGAAACGAUUACAUUUUGGUGGUCGAAGUGCAAUUCUAUUACUUGGAUAUCCGUCGCAACAUAUUCCACUAUCUGAUCUAUUUCUGCUGUUGUUUUCCAGCAGUGCUAUGCUCAGCGUACCAGAGUAGUAUCAAGGCAACGGUUUUCUUGACGUCGCUACAAUAUGGAACGAAAUUAUUCGAUUUGAUUCACUUGAGAAUCAAAAGUCUGAAUUCUUUGGAAGCUGGUGAAGAACGUCGAGAAGAACUACGACAGAUCAUCGAGUUACACAAGAUGACACUGAAGUACACGCAGCUGUUGGAGGAAACGAUUACCCUUAUUCUGAUCAACCAAAUGCUGAACUGUGUGGCAAUUUGGUGUUUGAUGAUGGUGUAUUUAUCAACGAACUAUGGACCGAAUGCGGUCAACGUCGCAGUCUUGUUUAUCGUAUUGAUGGGCGAAAUGGUCUUCUACUGUGUCAACGGAACACGUCUGAGUGAAAAUGCUCAGAAUGUCAGCAAUGCCAUCUACAACUAUCAGUGGUAUUAUGAAUCGGUCGGUAUGCAACGGGACUUUCGAUUCAUGAUACAACGAGCGCAACAGCCAACAGGCGUCACCGCGGCCAAAUUCUACUUUGUCAAUAUUGAGCGACUGGGAAUAGUUAUGCAGGCGUCAUACUCCUACUAUCUGCUUCUGAAGAGUCAAUUUUAG